AUGGUGGUGUACUCGUUCUAUAUCUUUGAUCGACAUGCCGCAUGCAUCUACAAGAAGACCUGGCUUCCCUCUUCGUUUUCAUCCUCUGUCACCCCGGCACGACCGUCCUCACAGCCCUCACAGCCCUACGUCAACGGUGGACUCCAAGCACGCGCUGCACUGAGCGCGGACAAUGAUGCGAAGCUUGUCUUUGGAACAGUAUUCUCGUUGCGGACUAUGGUGCGAAAACUAGGAGGAGAAGAUGAUAGUUUUCUUUCCUAUCGAACAUCGCAAUACAAACUUCACUACUACGAGACUCCCACCAAUAUCAAGUUUGUUAUGCUCACGGAUACAAAGUCCGGCUCUAUGAGGAUUGCACUGCAGCAGAUCUACGUCAACUGCUAUGUUGAGUAUGUGGUCAAGAACCCGCUCUCGCCAGUUGAGCAUCCCGGCGGUCUGGGCGUCAACAAUGAGCUUUUUGAAGCGAGCUUGGAACAAUUCGUGGUAUGUUAG